AUGUUUCCAAUUGCUCCAAGUGAAACUCCUAGAAAUGGAAAAGUUUCAUUCAUACGGCUGUUGGCAUCUUCCUGGCCGCACGAGGGCGCUGUCUCGAGCUCGACCUCAUCCUGUCCAGCAGCUCCAUUGCCUACGUCACCACAUUUCACCGACUGGGAUGUAACAGCGUGGAAAAGCGUAAAGGUGGUCUCCGAAAACACUGCCAGAAGCUCAUGCAAAAUGAGGGAAGCGGCUCUUCUGCUCACAGUCUGUGUUAUUCCGUGUCUCCUCCUGAGCUCCUGCCAGGCAGCCAGACAAGGACAAGACAUCAGAUGUGGAGCCUGCAGGGCUCUGGUAGAUGAGAUGGAGUGGGCCAUCUCGCAGAUAGACCCAAAGAAGAUGAUCCAGACGGGCUCCUUCAGGAUCAACCCGGACGGCAGCCAGUCCAUCAGAGAGGUUCCUCUGGCGCGCUCAGAGGGAAACCUCCUGGAGCUGAUGGAGAGUGUCUGUGAGAGGAUGGAGGACUACGGCGAGCACACCGAUUCGUCCACAAACAGGAAGUCCUACGUUAGGGUCAAAUCUCGGAGCGGGGAGCCCAUGGACCUCUCAGAGGCCACGCUGGAUUCAAGAGUUACAGCCAGUUUAAAAUUUUCAUGUGAAACAAUUGUGGAGCAGCAUGAAGAUGAAAUCAUUGAGUUCUUCGCUCAUGAGACAGAUAACGUCAAAGACAAACUCUGCAGCAAGAGGACAGACCUCUGUGACCACGCUCUGAAAAUGCCCCAUGACGAGCUUUGACAUCCUGUCACCAUGGCUGCCGCAUCUCCUCAGCUGACACGGAGACUUUUGGUGCUGUAACUUUUUCAGUUGUCACUUAUCACCGGUUUACGCCGUGGCGGAAGAUGUACACAAAUCCCUCUGUUCAAAAAAUCUAAAAUCCUGUGAUCGUGGAGAAUUUAGGGUUCACUCAACAACCAUUUUUUAGCAUCAUGUCACCUCACCUCUUCAUGUACUGUAAGUUAUUAUACAUGUCAUCCCUGUUUCUCAUAUUACUCAUCUUGCUUUCAGAUUCAUUACUUGAUAACGUGAGGUUGGAUUGAGACUCAUUUCUUUACCAGACAAAACUGAAACUGUGAAACUGUAUAAGUGAAAUUAGACUUCCUGCUAGAUACAGGAUUUCUUACAAGAUUGUUUAUAUACAGUAACUUUAAGACAAGUACAGAAGUCAGGUUGAAAUAUUAUCAAGUGGUGCUUAAAUCCAUAUUCAUGGGCAGCAAAAAAAGUCUCUUCUUAAGCUCACACAUACUGUCAACUCACUGAUGAAGAAAGGGUCAUUUGAUGCCAAAUUACAUUUUCAGCUCUAGUCUUAUUAAGGUUACCAUUAUUUAUUAAACCAAGAUCACAGGAAUCUGAUGCCAAACCAAUGCCACUUUAAUUGUUUUUGGGUGUAAUAUGCCUUAAUGUGAAACAAAAAGAUCACAGUUAAAAUGUUCAUUAUGUCACAUCACACAAUUCAAAAGCCCGUCUUCUUUCACCGUUGAGGAGGAGCAUCGGCAAGCUUAAUACUUUGAAAUUUAUUAGGGUUCUUGGUGAGUUUGGUGGGUCUUACUUUUAUAGAAACUGAUCACACAUUUGUAAGUGAAGAUUAAUUGAAAGUUUAGUAGUUAAAAAAAGAAAACAAAGGAAUUCUGUUACUGAAAAACUUAACAUUCAUGCACUUCUUUGUGAGAAAUACUGAAUUCAAACUUGAAUUUGUAGCUUUUAGUAACCUGAAGUGAAUUUAAAACUCCCUGUUUGUGUCUGUUAAUUUACACUCCGCUGGGACAGUGAUAUAUGAACUGUAGGAAACAAAGUCUGAGAUGUAGCAAAUAGUAUGGAUUAACAGUAACAGUAAUCAUGUCUGGAAAUGAUAUACUCCCUCCAUGCUGCCCUUUACAUCAAGAGCAGAAAAAACUCUUCAUACCAGACAAAAAAGCAAUUUGUUGGUCAGUUGCAGCUUCAUUACUUUAUAAGUUCUUUAGAUUAUUGAGUACUGAGAGUACAGUUGAGUUUUCUUGGUGGUCUAAUCAAUUUGUAACCCCACUAGAGUGUGCUGUAGUCCACAAUCUGAUUGUUGAAUCUAAAUUAAAAAUGUUGCACACAGUUGGAAAAUCCUCAUUGCUGUACUGUUGAUGUAGAAAUGUCAGGAAGUAUUUUUGGUAUCAUUUAUUUUACAAUGUAUGAAAAAAAUGAACUUACAGUCUCAUGUGAACAUUCUCCUCAAGUUUCCCUUUUUUAUAUAAAUUUUGUAAGUUUUCUGCAUCUGUUUUGUCUUCAAUCAUUGGAAAUAUAUUUGUACAACAUCAA